AUGCCGAACGAUAGCCUAGACCUCGGGUUCCUCUACCGGACAAUGAAUUUGGAUGACAGCGACGACGACAGCGAAUACGUGCCCAACGAUACCGUCGAAGACGACGACGAUAUCGACGACGACUCCAGUGAUGGCAACGAUAAGAGCGCUGACAAUGAAGACGACGACGACGACAGCGAUGAGGAGCCGAAGUCGAGCAAAGAUAACAGUAAAUUAAAAUCUAAGAAAUCUGUGUCCAAACCAUCGGAUUCUUUGGCGACUGUCGGCCACAGAACACCUCCGCGACAGACAUUCAGCGCAACUCCAAUAUUGGUCUGUAGUGUCUGUUUGGGUGAUAUUUCUCGAAGCGAUGAUGAAAUCGUUGAAUGCGAUUCGUGUGGUAUAUCAGUACACGAGGGGUGUUAUGGUAUUUGUUCCGAUGACACUGAAUCAGUUCAUUCCAAUACAUCUUCGGCAUCAACUGAGCCGUGGUUUUGUGACCCGUGUCGGGCCUGUGUCUCCAAUCCAUAUUGCGAAUUGUGUCCAAAUUCUGGCGGAAUAUUCAAAGCGACAGAUGUUGGCCGUUGGGUUCAUAUGGUGUGCGCGCUAUACAUACCCGGCGUUGCAUUCGGUGACGUCACACGACUCACAGGACUCACUCUUUUUGAAUUACCCUAUUCUCGAUGGGGUCUUAAAGCGUGCAUUUUGUGCGAAGACGACAGACUCAGCCGAACCGGUAUUAGUAUCUGUUGUGACGCAGGAAUGUGUAAAUCCUAUUUCCACGUGACGUGCGCUCAAAGAGAGGGACUGCUAUCG